AUGUUACGAUUACCGCCUACCAGCAUCUCCCUGUCUCAGGGCGAUGUUGCCUUUGCCGAGCAGCAGCUUGACAUCUACUUGGGCUUGCUCAAGCAAGGCUUCAAGAAGCGAGACAUUCUCCGCUACUUCGAAGCGCAGAAACCGGCCGCCAACUCCGCAGCUCAGCCAAAUGAAGAUCUUCGCGCUCCGAGCACAGUCGAUCUCAUCACACAAGCUCGAGAGUGCCGUGCUGUGGUAGGACAUGUCUUACCUCUUCAUCCUGAUGACGCCAAGCUACAUGGCCAGCAGCACGCUGCCGAGGGGGCUGAGGAGCAGAGCUCGCAACCUCUUGAUGUCUCAUCACCUGCACAGUCUCCUCACCAGUCUCAACGCCAUGCACCGCGCCAGAGCUCUAUGUUACGAUUCGGCCAGAAUGCCUCACCUACUCGCUUUGACGAGAGUCAAAUCACCAAUUCCGAGUUCCGCCCUCCAGUGAGAACCUAUCGUCCUCGAACCGACACAUACUCCUACAACCAGUCUGAGAUUUCCGAAUCAGAUCUCAUUCAGGGUGCCGCUGCUCUCACUGUCGAUCAGACUCGAGUCUCUACGAUGCGUCCUGAAGCUGAGGACUUUGUUCCAGCCAAUCGUCGCGCUCUAGGAACCGUCCGCCAGCCAUGCGGCUCCGAGUCUGCCGUCUCGUCGAUCCGUGCUAGUGUUGGUAGCAACGACAGCUCCGAUUCUUCGACCACACCGCCCAAGCCAACUCGUCCAAGUAGAUCGAUUGAUGACAGCUCAUCGAGCGAGGGCAAUGACGAGAACUCGCUGUCGCUUCUCUCCGUGCCGAACACGCCAGUCCGCCGCCGUCCGACGCCUUGCCAUAGCCUCCGGAAUCGUGUCCUCGAUGGCACCCUGCCCUUCUAUGUCUAUAACGAUGCUGCCCUCGGAGACAUACAGCCGCAAAGUCCAGCGGACCUUGCCCGCCAGCCCAUUCUCAAUGAGCACAACGCCGCCUAUACCGCACCAGUUGGCAUGAUCCACAGCCCUACCCGGCACAUCCGCAACCAGAGAGAAGGUAUGAGCGAGGAGGGAAGCCAGACACCUACUACACGAGCCAUCACUAUGCAAAACCGACGCGCGCGGGAGCUGGAGCGUAGCGUGAGGCUGGAGGCUGUCCGUAUGGUACGCCAACGCACUGUCGACCAGGCGACCACUGGUGGAGCCAUGAACGUGCAAGGCCGCGGUGCCCCUGGUCUUGGAGGGGGUAUCCGCGAGGAGCGCGUUAGCGAUGGCAACGAGACUGACGCGACCUUGAUCACUGGUGUCACUGAUUGGAGGGACAGUCUCGAGGAGGAUCGUGUUGGCGAAGAGAAUUGGGAGCUUGAAGGUGCGGCAGGCCGCGAUGACAACGACAUAGGUAUGCGUGUCUUGAGCGGGAACGCGAGAGCUUUCCGGGACUAG